AUGGAUUUGCUCAUACAACUGAAAACGGCACUGGAACCGUUCCCUACGACGGUCUUGUACAUAAUCCCGGUGACGUUGCUGCUGAUGGGUUUACUGUCACGAAUUCGCAGAAAAACGGCGCCGUAUCCACCGGGGCCAAAAGGCCUACCCAUCAUAGGCAACAUGAACAUCAUGGACCAGCUCACACACAGAGGCUUGGCCAAACUCGCCAAGCAAUACGGCGGCGUUUUGCACCUCCGCAUGGGGUUCCUCCACAUGGUCGCCAUUUCAAACGCGGAAGCGGCGCGUGAAGUGCUCCAAGUCCAAGACAACAUCUUCUCCAACCGCCCCGCCACCAUAGCCAUCAGGUACCUAACCUACGACCGCGCCGACAUGGCUUUCGCACACUACGGUCCCUUCUGGCGCCAGAUGCGCAAAAUCUGCGUCGUCAAACUCUUCAGCCGCAAGCGCGCGGAGUCCUGGAACUCCGUGAGAGACGAAGUCGACACCAUCGUCCGCACCGUUGCGGCGAACGUGGGCAACCCCGUUAACGUGGGGGAACUAGUGUUCAACCUGACGAAAAACAUCAUCUACCGCGCGGCUUUCGGGUCCAGUUCCAAAGAGGGACAGGACGAGUUCAUUUGGAUUUUUCAAGAGUUUUCCAAGUUGUUUGGGGCUUUCAAUAUUGCGGACUUUGUGCCUUGCCUCGGGUGGGUUGAUCCUCAGUGUCUCAACGACAGACUCGUGAAGGCACGUGCCGCCUUGGAUAACUUCAUUGAUAACAUCAUUGAGGAGCACGUGGAGAAGAAGAGGAGUAGUGGCAAGAGUUGCGACGAUGAAAGUGACAUGGUUGAUGAGUUGUUGAACUUUUACAGCCAAGAGGCUAAAUUGAAUAAUGAAUCGGAGGACCUUCACAACUCCAUCAGACUCACCAGAGACAACAUCAAAGCCAUCGUCAUGGACGUGAUGUUCGGUGGGACUGAAACGGUGGCAUCGGGAAUCGAGUGGGCAAUGGCGGAGCUCAUGAGAAGCCCUGAAGACCUUCGGCGCGUGCAGCAAGAACUCGCUGACGUGGUGGGACUGGACCGGCGCGUGGACGAGUCGGACCUCGAAAAGCUCAUAUUUCUAAAAUGUGCGGUGAAGGAGGCGCUGCGAAUGCACCCGCCGAUUCCUCUUCUCCUCCACGAGACAGCAGAGGACGCCACUGUGUGCGGGUUCCACGUGCCGAAGAAGUCGCGCGUGAUCAUAAACGCUUGGGCCAUAGGAAGGAACGCGGACUCAUGGGAAGAGCCGGAGGCGUUUAAGCCGUCACGGUUUCUGAACCCGGGCGUGCCCGAUUUCAAAGGGAUGAACUUCGAGUUCAUUCCGUUCGGUUCAGGUCGGAGAUCCUGCCCCGGAAUGCAACUGGGUCUUUACGCGCUGGAAGUGGCCGUGGCGCACUUGCUUCACUGCUUCAGGUGGGAGUUACCUGAUGGGAUGAAACCCAGCGAGUUGGACACCAGCGAUGUGUUCGGACUCACCGCGCCCAGAGCUAGUCGACUCGUCGCGAUUCCAUCCAAACGUGUGUUAUGUCCUCUCUGA